AUAAGACAGAGAAGCAGAAUCCAUCUGAAUCCAGCAGCAAAGUGGGAACAAAGGUCAUGCAGUGAUCACUUUAUGUGUGGCUCUCUAGUUUCAGACAGCAGUUGCUUGCAGGCAGAUCUUCUAAAAUCAUGAUUCGCAUCAUAAUUCUGGGAGUGCUCCUUCAUCUUGGAAGCAUCACAGAUUCAGCACUGAAUUCCUCUGCUACAUUUCACAUUCCAGCAAGCAACUUUACAUUGGAGUGUGUUCUACCAAAGACAAGUCAUAGUACAAGUGAAAGAGGAUUUACUAGGAUUCAAAGCUUUCUUCAAGAUAGUGAGGAAGCUGAUUAUAAGAUAAAUAUAUAUCCAGUCAACACAAGUAGUUCAAAUGCUGCAGGAUUAGAAAACACAGGAGGCUUUGGCUGCCACUUUAUGAAUGACACAAAUAACUGCUUCAUUUCAUCUGAGCUACUGGAGACACAAAACAUCAAAUGGAACAUCAUGUGCUGGGUCAAUGGAAACCAUACAAACUUAAUUUGUACUUUAAUUCCAUGUUACAAGAUGACAUACCUUAAUGCUGUCUUCAGAAUUGGAUAUGUUGCUGCACUAGUGGAUAUAUCGGUGGAAAGGACUAAGCAGCAAAACUGCAGCAUAUACGAUUACUUUGAAUGUGUCAUACCUAUCAUCAACACGAGUCAGUCUUACAUACUGUGGAUAGAAGUAACAGACAGUAAAGGCAGUCUUCGGUCACCGCCAAUGUUGGUAAAUCCAACAAGCAUAUACAAGCCAUAUGCUCCUACAAAUUUAAAAACAGAAAUAAUAAAUGAAGGAGACUUGAGAAUUUCAUGGACAAUACCUACACCUGCACCAUGCAAGCUCCUAUAUGAAGUGAAGUAUCGUAAGAAUUCCACAGAAAAUAUUUUUCAGAAUGAAGUUAAUGUCCUGGAGCCAUCACUGCAUAUUGGAAGCAUACAGUCAGGUUUCUCAUACUCAUUUCAAGUACGAUGCAAGUGCCAUAAUGGAAAUGGAUUUUGGAGUAAUUGGAGCAAUGCAGUUUAUUUCAACACACAAGAAGUUAUAUAUUUUCCUCAAAAACUUUUGGCCAGUGCUGGAUCUAAUGUCACUGUUUCUUGCAUCUAUUACAACAAAAACCUGACUGUACCAGUGAAUAAUAUAGUGUGGUGGCUAAAUUUAGAUGAACAGGUUUCUGAAGCACAAUACAGUGUGCUUAACAGUCAUGUGGCCAGAGUCACACUUUUAAAUCUAAGUACCACUAAUCCUGAAGGAAAAUUCAAUUAUCAUGCAUUGUACUGCUGCCAGAAAAGCAACGAAAGUAUCAUGUGCAACCAUCGCUAUGCUGAGCUUUAUGUGAUAAAUGUUAAUCUUAAUUUUUCUUGUGAAACAAAUGGAAAUUUAACAAAGAUGACCUGCCGCUGGGACAUAAGCUCCUUACCUGAUGGAAGUACAUUAAAGUUAAAAUUUUACAGAUACAAAAUCUAUUGCUCUGGACUUCAAAAUAAUCAGCACAAUCAAGAAGUGAAUGACUGUCAUUUAAAUGGAACGCUAUAUUACGAGUGUACUUUCACACCAAUUUUUUCCAUGUCUGGCUAUGUAUUGUGGCUUGAAAUACACCAUCAGCUAGGAAUACUUGAAUCACCGAAAAGCUGUAUUAUUCCAAUGGAUGUUGUAAAGCCUCUUCCUCCAUCCAAUGUAAAAGCUGAAAUCACAGUCAAUUAUGGUUACUUGAAUAUUACUUGGGAAAGACCAUCACUGCCAGUAGACAGUCUAGAAUUUCAGAUUCAAUAUUCUGUAAAUGGAACAGACGCACUCUGGAAGAUACAGAACUUUUUAGACGGAGAAUCAAGUUACAUAGAAGUUUCAGAUCCAUGCAUUGUGUACAUAACUCAAGUCCGCUGUAGAAGGUUUAAUACUACAGGCUACUGGAGUCAGUGGAGUGAGCCUGCAUAUACAACUAUUCGGGAUAUAAGAGCUCCAGCAAGAGGCCCUGAUUUCUGGAGGAUAAUUAGUGAGGAUCCUAUAAGUAAAGAAAAACAAGUGACUUUAUUAUGGAAGCCCUUGACAAAAGAAGAUGCAUUGUGCACGGUUAAAGGAAUAAUUCUGAAACAUCAAACAUCUCAAAAUCGUACAUGGACAGAUAUUUUGGAGAACAAGUCAAGAUGGACCUUUGCAUGGACUGAAGAUGUGCACACUGUUACAGUCUCAGCUUUCAACUCAGUAGGGUCUUCAGUGGUGAACUACAAUUUAACAUUUUCCAACAAAACCAGUGCAGUGUAUGCAGCUCAGUCUCUUGAGGCAUAUCUGAUGAACAACACUUGUGUUUUUCUUUCUUGGACUAUAUUCUCAAAUGAAAAUCAACCAACAUGCUUUAUUAUUGAGUGGAAGAUCCCUGAAGAAGAUGACCAAGUUAUGUGGACAAGAGUUCCCUCAAAUCUCAGCAGGUUUUAUAUAUUUGAUCAUUUUGUUCCUAUAAAUAAGUACUACUUUACCCUUUAUCCAAUAUUUCCUGAAGGAGAGGGUCACCCAAUAAACAUGAAUAUAGCUGAUAAAGGAAACAACAUGAAGCAUGAAAAUGAUACAGAACCAUACAUUAUUCUUUUAAUAAUUGUUCUCUCAACAAUUUUGCUAAUUGGAACAAUUCUGAUAUCACAGCAAAAAAUGCGAAAGCUGUUCUGGGAAGAUGUACCAAACCCUCAGAACUGUUCCUGGGCUCAAGGAGUCAAUUUUGAAAAGCCAGAAUCCUUUGAAGAGCUCUUUGUUAGGCACCAUAAGGCCUUUGCAUUUGGUCCUCUUCUCCUGGAACCAGAAGCAAUUUCAGAAACAUUUAGCAUUGAAAAAAUUGCAAACUUUGAAGACACAAAGAAUUUGACUGCAUUCCAUUCUACAUACAGAACCAACACAGUGACAGAGCAUGAUUCUGCAUGCUUUAGCAGUCAGUUUGAUAGCAAUGGGUUCUGUGAUAAGCAGCAUGAUAAUAAAGCUUAUCCAGAAACCACAGGUUCGAAAGUAAUAUAUGCCACAGUGGUGAAUACAAUAGAACAAAAAGAGCUGUGUAAGCAACGAAACAAUGUAAGCAUUGCUUCAAUUAAAGGAAACAUUUCAGUUAACGAUUCUGAUAUUUUAGGUUUCUUUUCUAACAGCCUGUGUGAUGUUGAGGAAAACCAGAAAUUUCUACAGUUAACUGAAAUACAGUUCUGUGAAACCAGUAAAAGCAUAUUAAAUUCAACUAUUUCUUCAGAGGGCUUCUCAGAACCUUCAGAUGAGGAUGAAAAUGACUUAGAUGGAAACAGUGCUGAGAAGAACAUUUGCUAUUUAGGGAACUCUACAAUAAAUGAAGAAGAAAACAAACACUUCCUGAAAACUGACACGAAUCUACCAUGCCAUAUCCAGAGGAAAUAUCAUUUUAGGCUGACAGAAUCUCCAGAUAAUAGUUCUUUAUCUAAAUGUGACUCAUUGUUUGAAAUUGGUCUUGAAAGAAACAUGGCCCGUAAGACCAUCAGAACAUAUAUGCCUCAGUUUUAAGAACAAAUUGCUUAAUGCAAAAAAUUUUCACAGAAGACAUUUUCUGAAAUCUAUAUUUGUACAAAUGACUGCUAACAUGUCCUCUGCUCAUUAUGGAUAGUUCAAAGUAUUCGAUACUUUGGUUAUUACAAGGAAAUCUUUACUAAAGCAUUCAUAAUAAAAACAUAAUUAUUGUUUUCCCUUUCUAAACUGAAAUUUAUUGAUGAAGUAGCUAUAUGAUUUUGACCAGCAAAGUGAGAAACGAUGAACAUUGUAAGAUUCCUUCAAGUCUAAGGCAUCAGUAUAUUAAACCUCUAUACAAAUGUCACUGGCUUGCACCUUAUGAUGCAGCAUUUGUCAAUAUUAAGUGACAGGUAUUGAAAAAUGUUUCUCUCUGUAAAUAUCUGCAUGUUUUUUUUUGUUUUUUUUUGUAAAUGUUCCUAGUCUACACUAGUGACAUAGUACCUCAUACUGACUGCUAUAUUGCAAACCACUAACACCUGAAGUUAUUUUGUUAGUAAGAUAUAUCUCUAAAUUUGUUAACAAAACUACUUGAAUGAUUUACUUAUUGUGAGACUGAAAGUGUUAAAGGUAUGUAACAUCUAUUAGAAUUUCAUUUUGCUAAAUAAAUGUUUAAACAUAACACCUGCCUCAGUAAAUAUACAGCUUUUAUGAAUUUCUAAAUCAUUAAGACAAUUUUUAAAGAUGGAUAAUACAAAAUUCUAAAUAGAAAAAAAUGUUUAAUCAGUAUUUAGUCUCAAAAUAAGUCAGUGAAUGUACAGUAAUUAAAAAUGCAUUGUUUGUAGAACAUUAUCGUAAAAUUUGUAAACUUUGUACUAAAUGUUUAAAACAAUUGUGUUUUGUAAGUAAUGCUUUGUUAUGCCUUUGCUACUCAAAGUACAUUUAAACAAAACUGUUUGAUAGCCUCUCUCUCUCAUUCUGUCAGUUUACAAACAGAAACAUAUUUCAUGAUUUAUCAUUGUUGAAAUUCAAAAUUGUCAGUAUGUGAAGUUAAUCUUUAAGAAAAAAUAACCACAAAAUUAUGGAUUUCUGUCAGAUAGCUAGCUGUAAAUCUUAUCCAGUGUUUGAAAAGUUUAAAGAAGAAAAGCAGCAAGUUAAAAAACAUUGUGAAUAUUGUAUAAGUGUGUCUUGAUUACACCUGAUGUGCCAGUAUUACUUGAGACUUUUUGAACAGUGCCUCGGGAAUACUAAUGUCUGCUUGUUCUUUAUGAUGUAUCAUGUUCAGUACAGCAACAAAGUAAUUUAAAAUAAUGGUGCUCUAGAUCAUUUGUACCUAUUUUUGUGAACACAAAUAAAUAUUUAUUGCU